UGCAGCGUUAAUUGUGGGACCUAAAAUGAUCAACCUACCUUCCAAGAAUUCCUUAAUCCUCAUCUUCCCAGUAACAUUUAUCAUUUUCCCAGUUCCCAAACAAACCCAGAACUAAUUUUCCUCCUUUUUUGUUUUGGUUUGAUUUUACCCUUUCGUUUCCGACGGCCCAAUCACAGGUACUUCUGAUAUUUCCGUCGAAUUCUCGCCGGGAACCCUUGGAUUCCGGCAAUCAAACAGGAGAAGAUGGUGUCUCCGGAAGAGAAUUCGAAUUGGCUUAUAGAUUACGACGUCAUCGAAGACAUUCCUGUCCCCGGCGGUAACCUCCCUGCCCUUGAACCCGGUUUUCAAUGGCCCUCAAAUGCUCUCGCCGGUUCAACCGAUUUCAGUGUAGAAUUUGACUACUCAUUGGGGAAAUCUGAUGGUUUAAAGGAAUCUGGCUCCCGAAAGAGGGCGAGGUCUGGAUGCAGUGCGUCUGAUUCCAAAGCAUGUAGGGAGAAAAUGCGGAGGGAUAAGCUGAAUGACAGAUUCCAAGAAUUAAGUUCAAUCCUGGAGCCUGGAAGGCCGCCAAAAAUGGACAAGGCUGUUAUACUGAGUGAUGCUGUUCGAAUGGUGACACAGUUAAGGGAUGAAGUCCAGAAGCUGAAGGAUUCAUGUGAGGAUUUGCACGAGAAGAUAAACGAAUUGAAGGAGGAGAAAAAUGAACUUCGUGAUGAGAAACAGAAGAUAAAGGCAGAGAAAGAGAAACUCGAGCAGCAAGUGAAAGCCCUGAGCACUCAACCGGGCUUCAUGCCGCACCCUGCCGCAAUCCCUUCUCCAUUUGCUGCUCCUGGCCAAGUUGUUGGCGGCAAGCUUAUGCCAUUCAUUGGCUACCCUGGAGUUCCCAUGUGGCAGUUCAUGCCGCCUGCUUCAGUUGAUACCUCACAGGAUCAUGCUCUCCGCCCUCCAGUUGCUUAAGUUUGCAGGCUUUCUUGGUCAGUCUGCAUUACCCGAGCGUGAGGAAUUGACUCUUUUUAUUUUGUUUUUUUUUUUCUUUUUCUUUUUCAACUGAUAUUGUUAACAUUCUUUUUGGAAAUUUUUUAGAGUGGAUCAGGUGGGUAAUGGACGGUGUUGGAAAUUGGCAACUUCCAUUGAUUAGUUUGGUACUCGGAAAUUUUCCAAUUAAAUCUAUUGUGUUUAUCUGUUAGGAAGUUUUUUCAAUUUUCAAUUGUGACUUGUGAAACUAUUUUAGAAAACCGGGGAAAAAAUAAAUAAAUCAUGCUCGUACUCUAGAA